UUUUCCUUUCCCUUCCCACACCAUAUAACACAACAACCACUCUCACUCAACAAUUACUCUCACACACUCACAAAAUGAACCUUUCUUCUCAUUCUUCCAACAACAUCAACAACACUAACUCAGUGAAUGGUUUCUACACAUUUCUCAACAGAGGAAUUGAUGACUUAGAAAGAGCUUUUCUUUCCAACAACUUGAUGUCAAUUCAAUUCCUUCAAAGGGUACUUUCUAUACUUAGAUCCUUUCACACCCAAUUAGUCCUUUUGGUUCAAAAACUUCAUCUCCCAGUUGGUGAUAAAUGGCUUGAUGAAUACAUGGAUGAAAGCUCUAAGCUUUGGGAAACAUGUCACCUUCUUAAGUCUGGUAUUUCCGGCUUUGAUGGUUAUUACUCGGCUGGGAUCAACGUCACUAACUUCUUCGACUCUCACGCUCGUUUCACUCCACAACUCUGGCGCCAGGUUCUUAGGGGCAUAUCACGGUGUCGAAGAGAAGCUAUGGGAUUGGAAGAAGAAAACCGUGCAUUGAUGGAAACAAGAGUCCAACUACUUUCUCUGUGUUUCGACGAAAGAGUAUCCGUCGAAUCAAAGCUAAACGGUUUCAACGGGUUCAGAGGAGUUUUAUACGCAAUGAGGAACAUUAGUUCAAUGCUGCUCACAAUCUUGUUACAUGGUUUGGUUUACCGUUGUCCAGUAACAUCAGACACAGUUGCAAGGUACGAGGGUUGGAUGUUUCAUGGGUCGGGGCUAAUGAUGUCAGCCGCGAGGUUGCAGCAAAGAGUGGCCGCAGAGAUGAGCGAAGCAGAGCCGGGGAUGUUGUUGUACGAAUUUAGGCACGCGAGGGCAUCGGUAGAGGAGCUAAGAGGCGAAUUGGAGAGGAAUGUGUCGUCGCAGGUUGUUCAAUGGGAAAUGGAAGAUGGUUUGAGAGAGAGAGUGGAGUGUGUUAGAAUGUGCUUUGGUGUGCUUAAAUCUGGUGCUGAUAAUAUUGUUUCUCAGCUUGAUGAUUUCUUCGAUGAAAUUGUAGAAGGUAGGAAGAAGCUUUUGGAUUUUUGUAGUCAUAGGUAAUUUAAUUGCCGAUGUUUUAAAUUGUGGUCACGAUUGUGCGGAAAAACACAAUGCAAUUGAUGUAACUCAUAGUUUUUUUAAAUGAAAAAUCGAAAGCAACAAAGGCUGAAUCUCAGUGGAUGGUGACAUUUGAUGUUAAGAGUCCCACAUUGGACAGGACAUGGCCUAACAAUAUGUUUAUCAGUGGGGGCAAUCCUCACCUCACAAGUCGGUUUUGUGGGGUUGUGUUAAACUCAACCACGAUUUCUAAGAUGGUAUCAGAGCUUCUCCAAGAUCC